AACAGGUGACUCACCUGUCGCGAGCCCCUCCUGCGUAACUGCCAUAACGCGUUCCUCUGCUCGCGAGGAAACAACUUCAGAAAAGAUACGCGAUUAACAUUUGUGUGAAGUUACGGGACGAUGACAUAAGUGUGGACGUCAAAAUAUGUAUUUGUUUUAUGUUACGAAACAUUCAUUAUAAAAAGUCUGAGCACCGAAAAGGACAAUGCCACAUUCACAGAACGUGACAUGAUACAUUUGGAACGACUACGCAGACAGAAAUGAAAGUUUCAGCGAGUUUUCGCUUCAUUACAAGCGUUGCAUUUGCGGUUGGAGUUGUAUCACUGGCACAGAGCAGCAGCACGUCGCGAGCCACGCCCACCCCGCAGGACCCCGGGAGGGUAAGGAGAGAGGACUUCGUCAGGUUUGGCAACGCCCCCGAUGUGGUGAUUGACGGGUAUGUCCUGUCGGUGCUGUACCGGUGCUCCCGCCCUUGUGUGGUGCACGUGGAGGUGCUGGCCUCCUCUGCACUGAGAACUGGGGUGACCAUCUUCAGGAGAAGCUGGACUCGUCUAAAGCAAAUGGACACGCCCCGUACACACCCCCUGGUCCUGAGGUUUCCCGAUGCUGUCGCGUACAGGCGGGAUUAUUUCAACAGGCACACAGUGGAUGCCUCUGACGUCAUGCUGAGGGCCUGGCUCAGCCACCUGGAGGGGCCUGAAGAAGGUGAGGGUGGUCUCCAUGGCAACGGCAGCUAUCACCAGGCGCGCGCGAGGGCGUUCAGACUCCUGGGUUCCGUGCCUCCCCCUCUGCGCCCGGUCAAGAAGCACGACAAGUGUCCCUCCUGGGGGGCGGAGUUACUGUGGCAGCUGACCAAUCAGACGCAGGCCAGACGCUGCGUGACGGAGUCCGGUUUGGUGGGUCUGUUAAAGUUCCCACUGGCGAGCACCGGCGAGAGAUUUGGGGUGAUCCACAAGUUUUACCCUUUCAUCAACAAAGACCUGGAACACGUUCGCCUGGGAGCUGCCUCGAACCCCAGGGUGAGUCUCUCAGUGUGGAUUUACCUGCUGAGGUGGUGCAGCAGCGACCUGUGUGGAAUCCUCCAUCACGUUGACUUUAACAACACAUUCGACACACCUCUGAUUCUGCUCACCGACAAAGGGCACAUUGUGUUCCAGGUGCGCCUGACUUCUGGAGUGGACCAGGCCUUCAAAUCCUACACAGCCCUCCCUAUGAGGACCUGGCACCGGCUAGACUGCUAUAUAGAGGGCUCCAAGGUGCAGCUGGAGGUCUCCUCUGUCGGGAAUAAGAGGAUUAAACGCUACAGUUUUCAUUUCCACAGUGCAAUCCACUUCAAUGACACCGAUGGGUACUUUGUGAUUGGAGGAGACAAGAACAUGCCCGGCAUCAGUGGCUAUUUUGGGCCAAUCAGAUACCACCGUAUGGAGGCAAAAAAGGUGAUGAACCCCCUGUUCCCUGAUUGGACGGUGACGCAGCUGGAUGAAACGCACCGAACCUGCGAGGACACUAGAACGGCCGUCGCCGCGUUCUUACACGCUCUGAAGGAAAACGAGAAAGUCACGAACAGCCGCACCUGCCAGAGUUUCUAUUCUGAAAUGAGGAUCAGGAUGGGGAGCCCAACAUGCCGUUCUGCAGCGUGGAGCCGGAAAGCACAGGAGCUGUACCGCCCCCUGCUGGAGGUGCUCCAUGCCGCAGGGCCAAAGUUCCUCUCCCGUCUGUCAGGUUUGGGGGUUCGCCAGGGUACUCUGCGUCUUGGGGAGCGGGUGUUUGAGCUGGUCCUGCGGAGGCUGAAUCGGGGAGACCCCCCUGAUUUCGGACGGGUGCCUGAUCUGCUCCCCCUGCUGAGGCUGUCCAGCUGUCUCAGGCACCACAGAGCAGCCUACCUGCUGGCUGUCAUUCACCUAGCCGGCCUGGGCACGCCCACUGACACACUGCAGGGUCGUGUGUACAGUCUGAUGGCUGCUCAGGGGGAUGAGCGACUGGCGCUGAUGCACCUCGGCUACAAGCACAUGCAGGGCAUCGACGGCUUCCCCAAGGACCCCCGCAUGGCGUACAGUUACUAUGCCAACCUGGGCAAGCAGACGUGUGCGGACAGGUGGACAGUGCAGACCACUAAGCAAUACCCAACAGAGCACGUUCUCCUUAACGAUGACGAUGCGCUCCAGGCUCAAAUGGACCAGACAGACGACGUCUUUCUCUACCUGCAGUUUCAGGCAGAUAGAGGAGACAUUGAUUCCCAGGUACAUUUAGUCACUGGCAGAUGUCUGUUCUGGGGCCAGAGGGGCGUAUCCAAGGAUGUUGGGACGGCAGUGAAAUGGUUUGCCAAGAUUGCCAUGGAAACAAAAGAUGCCCUCUCUAUGUACGACUACGCCAUCAUACUCUUCAAGGGGCACGGCGUGAAGAAGAACACAACUCUGGGGCUCAAACUGAUGGAAAAGGCAGCAUCUAUGGGUUUGCUGGAGGCAGUGAAUGGGAUGGGCUGGUAUUACAGCAACUUUAUGGCGGACACAAACACCGCAGUCCGGUACUUUGAGAAAGCAGCGGCGAACGGGAGUAAGGACGGCGUGUUCAACCUGGGACUGAUCCAUCUGCACGGGGACUACCCGGGCAAGCCAGGGAAGAAUGAGACCGCCGCGUUCCAGUUCUUCCGCAGAGCCGCCAUGUUGGGCCACUUUGACGCCGCGGUCAUGGCAGCCUGGUACUACGCCACGGGAAGCCUGGACGGAGUGCCCAGAGACCCAGAGAAGGCUGUCAGGAUGCUGAAGAUGGUGUCUGAGAAGAAUGGUUACCUGGGAUACGUAGUGCGAACCGGCCUCCGGGCCUACCUGCGAGGAUCCAGACAGGAAGCACUCCUGAGUUACACUGUCGCCGCGGAGACCGGGUUUGGCGUGGCGCAGAACAACGCAGCCCACCUGUGUGAGGAAGUGGAGCCCAGUUCCCGGUGUAAAUGGAGAUACCACAACCAAUCCACCUAUAAUCACCUCCCUCACCAUACCGGCUUUCUGAAGAUGGGAGAUUAUUACCUCCAUGGCCUGGGGGAUCAGCCACAGGACGUUAAAAUGGCCGCCUCCAUGUACAGCAAGGCUGGCCUGGCCGGCAGCGCUCAGGCCAUUUAUAACCUGGCUGUCCUGCUGGAGGAGGGCCACCCAGUUCCCCUGGAGUUCCUGGAGCGGUUGAACGUUUCCUCCAGGCGUGGACGGGAGGACGACGAGGUCUUGGAGAAGCUCUAUCAGAGAUGCAAAGAGAUGGAGGAGGAUUUGGACGUGUCUCCAUGUUCUUUAGCUCUGUUCAGAGUUCAGCUGAAACAAACAUGGAGGACCUUUUUUCACCACCCACUGCAGUGCUUAUUGGGGUAUGUGAUUGGCACAGCUGCAAUGGCUGCGGUGGUUAACAUUGUGCUACAGAUCUUCUCAGACAGGGCCUACACAGCUUCGCCGCGAAGGCGCUCCCCCAUUAUCCGUGACACAGACCGGGAGGCGGAGCCAUCACCUGCCAAUCAUGAUGAGGUCACAAGGAAUGGCCGGCUGGGCCUGGUUGGCCAGCUGAUGAUCAGCAGGCAGACCCUGCAGAUUGUUGGUGAUUGGUCCUUCACUGUGGUGGGCAUCGGCCUAUGCACCAUGUCCACCAUCUUAAUGAUUCAGCUCUCGUGAUGCUGUUCCUGAGGAGGCGAUAAACUCAUUAAGCUGAUUUAUAUUUAUGGGCACAUGAAGGUUUGAGCUUUCAGUGUAAAGUUUUACUCACACUGUCCUGUUUUAAAGUGUGGUUUGUCAUGUUUUUGGUUCAGCCUGUGGUGUGGUGGAGUUGGUUGAGGGAGAAUAAAUGUGGGUUAUCCUGUUUUCCCCUGCUGACUUCUCACGCAUUUUAAAUGAAGAUGAAUUCCUUGGGUAGCUCUGUUUGCAGUUGUGACAUCACUCAUUAUUAGUGUUUUUUACCCUGUGAGUCUUUUGUUCUGUCAUAUCCGUCUUGCCUUAUUUGCGGAAUGUAAAUCGACUCGGCACUGCAUAAUUGGUACGCAUUGCUCAGGAAAAAUAAAAACAACCAUUAUUAUCCACCUUAUGGUAUAAAUGAUGUAUAAAAAUGGCUGAAUCAUUACUCCCUUCUCUAAUUAGAGUCUUGUGUUUGUAAUGCUUGUGUAAACUGUGUGAAGAAGGACAGCACACACUCCAGCUGGAGUCUGCUGUUGGAAUGAGUGUGUGUGCGUGUGUGUGUGUUUACCAGCGCCUCUCUAGAGCUCUGUACAGCAAUGGGUUUACCAGAGUGUACUACUGUGCAUUGGAUUAAAGAUUGUGUUUCUCUG